UAAGAUUAAACAUGCUACCGACAACGCCCUCUUUCUGAGACUCGUUGAGCUGGAUUUCUGGUCAAUGAUUGCUAAUUACCUUACAUUUCGUAGUACUCAUCGGGUUGGCUUAUCUCCAGUUCAUUCAUAUCACAAGCGGAGUGGCAGUCAGAGAAACACCUGCAUUCACCCCCGUCAUAAGCCGUCAGAUGCGCUGACAUGAACUACAAAAACAACCGCAUACGACAGAUGCGUAGUGUAAAAACAAGUCAGGGUCUUUGAUUCAUUAGACGCACGUUGAUUCCAGGAGCGUACGAGUUAGGAGCUCUCGGAAAGUUUCAGAAGACGAAACACUCAAUCUUUGCCAUGGCUCAACUGACAAUUGAAGACAUAUUGCGGAUAUUUGCCUUGUCAAUACUUGCAGUAACGGCCGUCACUUCAAAUCUUACGGUUUGUGUUGCUUUGUACAGAAAUGUCAAGCUACGGACAACGUUCAGUUUAAUGAUCUUCUCUCUCGCAGUUGCAGAUUUGCUCACUGGACUGAUUGUCAUCCCAUCCUACUGUGUUUUCAUUGCAGAGGAGACACUGCAUAGGGACAAAGCCGGGGCAUAUUUCUAUGCAGUAUAUAUCUGCUUUGAUAUUUUCUGUGGCAUCGCUUCCAUAUAUAACAUGACACUUAUGAGUCUGGAACGGGCGAUUACAAUCGUAGCCCCAAGUUUUCAUGCAAGGACUUUGGCUAAUAAGAAAUCAAUGAAGAAACUACUGCCAAUACCAUGGAUUGUUGCCGUGAUACUGCUUUUCCCAAAGAUAGCCAUGUACACAAAAGUCAUGGACGCAAAGAUGAUUGCAAUCUUCUAUUUCAUUCUUGCAUUUGCCAUUCCACUUUCUGUGAUUAUCGUUUGUUAUGGUUAUAUCUUCCACGUGCGUGUUAAGCUUGCUGCAAACUGUGGCAACCGCUUCUUGAAAGAUCUCCGGCUUGCGUACACAGUACUGGCUAUAAUUGUCAUAUUUUUCCUGUGUUGGGCACCCUUUUUCAGUAUGGUUCUCUACUUUGGCUUAUGCACAAAAUGUGCCCCAGUGAAUAGCCUGCUCAUCUUCUUCAAGUGGCUGCAGUUUUUCCAUUCAUGUUGCAACCCAUUCAUCUACGCACUAUUGCAGCCAGCAUUUCGACAUGCAUUCAAAGAGACGAUGCAACGAUGUCUUGCUUGGAAGAAGGAGAUAAGCGCACGUGGGGACCUGGAACGCCAGCCGAUGAGUGACUGCACAAUUAUUGAUGAAUGAUUGCGACACGGCCCAGAUGAUUGCAUUUACACCAAAAGAUACAAGCUUUUUAUCUGCACCACUAGUUCAUUCAGCCCUGCUCGAGAACUGACAAUGUAAUCACAAUGUCGCAUUCUUAAGUAAGAAAACUUUUGGAACCAGUGCGCAGACUAUAAACUGUAGAAAGAUAGCAUUUAUUUUAAUCUCUGUACAUAGUUAUAUGACUAUCAAUUAUAUAUUCUGAAUAAAAUGUAUGAUACGAGCAUAAGUUAUCUUCCUUAAAAAGGGUAUGCAAAUAAAAUAUUUUGAGUUAUUUCUUGAAGAUUGUGAUAGCAAGCAAGAAGAUACAUCUUUUAUCUUCGUUUAAAAGUAAGCUGGAUUUCAAACGAGUGAUCAGCUAGGUUAGGUAGAUAGCGGGCAGUCAGAGAGCUACGUAGAAAGGCUUUUGAGGAGACAUAUCUUUCGCCGUGCUGAGAAAGAUUUAGGCAUCAAGCUGUCAAUGUGGGUUGCGGUUGAUGGAAGAUUUUUUGAUACGAAAGUAAGAUUAUUUGAUGCGAAAGUAGGCAUUUUUAUACGAAGUAAGAACUAAAAUCACGGCAUUACAAGGAAGAUACUUCAGAGUCAUUGAUAUCAAUUCCAAAUUUCUUUCGCUCUCGUAGAAUCAUAAGCAUGAAAUAUUCUCCUCACCCAAAAGCGAAACCCUUUGGUUGAAUGAAAAUAUUAUUCUCCUCGCCAAACUUGUCGGUUAUUCUAAUCACAAACCCAUAUAAUACUAUCAAUGCUUUGAUCUUAACAACUUGCGGUAAGGGCCAGGGAUGCAACGCAGCAUUAUCCUCUUAAGGCAAUGUGAUCUGAAAAACAGCCAAACACAGUGUGCAUGUUGCCUAGCUAUGAUCCUCCCAGUGGAUCUCAACCUCACUGCUAAAUCAAAAUGCAUUCUUAGAACCCCAACCCAGGCCCGUCGGAACCGGGGGGCUGAGAGGGGCUGGAGCCUCCCAAUAAUUGUCAAGCUGUAGCAUGUUUCCUUUAUAACAGUGUACUGAAUGAGAAGGAAAACAAUGGGCAGCGCCCCCCCCCCCCAAUAUGAAUUUCAUUCCGACGGCACUGCAACCAUAUGUACUGGUUCCUUUAUGGCACAAAACAACUGAACGAUAAAACAGAACCAAAUGUUAGUGCUGAUUAUUCUUUCAAGGUAGGCCAGUAAAAUUCGAGUAAAGUGACGAUCGAUCUUUGCUUAGGACAAUGCCGUUAAUAUCUGAAGACCUUCAAAUAAAUAAUUAAAUCGAGGCGGAGUGUGGGUAUUGUAACCUUAAUUUCUUUAAUUUUAUUGGCAGUUAUUGACAAUGUGGCCACCAUGUUUUCUGUGCUCUGAUGAAAUAUAUUUCAAAAAAUUGGAUACAAUGGCUUAUUUCAGCCCAAUCCUAGUAUAACCGUCGAAAUUAGGAACUCUUAUUCCAGAAAAACGCUUUGGAGCUUAUUCUCCAAAAAUCAAAAAGUUUCUUUUAAUGGCUAUGUACACACAUGGGUAUAUGCCAUUAUAAAAGAUAAAUUUGUUAAGAUGAUCGCACUUUAAUAUCAUAUGAAUUCCUAUGCAUGUAGAAAAAAUUUUGACAACAAAAAUAAUCAGUAUUUAACCUAAUGCUAACAAAAAUCUUUGAAUAAUUUAAAUAUAGUUUCAUAAGUGACGGUUGAAACAAUCUUUAAAAAUCUCCACUGCUGCUCAUGAAUUUAUCUUUUUGAUGAAAGUCAAUAAAACUUAGAAUGAGCAUACAAGUG